UUGCUAGUAAUCAGACCUUCGAUGCUGUUAUUUGUGAAAUAUUUCUCGCUGAAGCGCUAUAUGGGCUAAGUGAACAUUACAAUGUGCCACUAAUAGGUUUAGGCACCUUUGGCGCACACCCCUGGAACACAGAUAUGGUCGGUUCACCCAGCCCCCCUUCAUACGUGGCAAGCGCUAUGUUGCCAUUCAAUGAUCGCAUGACGCUGUGGCAACGUGUGGGCAACUUUGCAUAUAAUAUAUUCGAACGUUUGUUGCUCGAUCUAUAUUAUUUGCCGAAACAAGCAGCGAUUUAUAAGGAAUUCUUUCCGCACAAUAAGCGUGAUAUGUACGAGGUGCGUCGCAACGCUGCAUUAGUGCUGCUCAAUCAGCAUGUGUCGCUCAGUUUUCCACGUCCAUAUGUCCAUAAUCAGAUCGAAGUUGGAGGCAUGCACAUUAAUCGAAAACGCUCACCACUACCUGCCGAUUUGGAACGAUUUAUCAAUGAAUCGAAACAUGGAGUCAUCUAUUUCUCAAUGGGUUCCAACCUGCGUAGCAAAUUUUUGCCUUUGGAAAAACGUCAGGCUAUACUUGAAACAUUCCGUGGGUUAAAACAGCGUAUACUAUGGAAAUUCGAAGAUCCGCAACUCGAGGGCAAGCCGGAUAAUGUAUAUAUAAGUGAAUGGUUUCCACAGGACGAUAUUUUGGCACACCCGAAUGUGAAAAUCUUCAUUACACAUGGCGGUUUACUCAGCACCACAGAGUCCAUUUAUCAUGGGAAACCUUUUAUUGGCAUACCGAUCUUCGGCGAUCAGUUUCUCAAUAUGAAUCGUGCCGAAGCUGGCGGUUAUGGCAUAAGUGUGGAUUACACUAAUUUCACGAAAGAGAAAUUCAAAGUCGCUAUUGAACGUAUGUUGAAUGAUGACAGUUAUGCGAAGCGUUUGGCGGCUAUUUCAGCGAUUUAUCGCGAUCAACCAAUAAAUCCGUUGGACUUGGCUGCCUAUUGGGUAGAAUAUGUGGUGAGACAUAAGGGAGCCAAGCACUUACAUUGCGCCGGACAGGAUUUGAGUUUCAUACAAUAUCAUAGUAUAGAUAGCAUGCUGAUCUUAUUUGGUGGUCUGGCUUUAGCAAUUCUGCUGACCAUGUUGCUGAUACGUUUAAUAUGGGGUUGGUUGCAAUUUGCGCUUGCGCGAAAGGAUAUAAAGGAGAAGACACAUUAAAGUGUGAGAAUUAUUUUAAAUUAUUGCAAUUAAUGUAAUAGUGAAAACUUGUAUUAUAUAAUUCUUAUGUUAUAAAAAUUAUCCGUUUAUAAUUGUGUAGUUGCUUUGAAAGAUAAUAACUAUAUGCAAUGGUUUAAUCUAAAUAAAAAAUUGUUUGUUUCUUGGCGGUA